AUGAAUGUACCUGAUGGAACUUUACCAGUUAUUCCAUUAAAUGCUGUAUGGAAAUCCAAUGCUCACACUGUAGUUGGUGAUUGUGGCCCCGGCUCUACAAUGGACAGACUUCAUUCUCCACAGGGUAUCUCAAUAUCUAAAAACCAAUCACUUUUAAUUGCUGAUAGCUCAAAUCAUCGUAUUAUGAAAUAUAAUUUAAAUACUGGAAUAAUUCAAAGAAUAGCCGGUAAAAAUAUACAAGGAUAUGGACCAGAUCUAUUGGCGAAGCCGUCAAAUAUAAUGUUCCACCGAAAAACGAAGAGUUUUAUCAUCAGCGAUCGUCACAAUCGACGCGUAUUACAAUGGUUUCCUAGAAGUGCAAGAUAUGCGAGAACUCUCAUAGAGAAUAUUGCAUGUUUUGGAUUGGCAACUGAUGUUAAUGGAGAUCUUUACCUUUCUGAUACCGAACGGCACGAAGUGACACUGUAUCGGAUACGUGAAAACUAUGGAAAAGUAGUAGCUGGUGGCAACGGACAAGGUUGCCGUCUUACACAACUCAAUCGUCCGACAUAUAUUUGUAUUGGAGAUGAUUACUCCGUCUAUGUAUCGGAUUCCUGGAAUAAUCGCGUCAUGAAAUGGAAGAAAAAUGCGAAAGAAGGCAUUAUUGUCGCUGGUGGUAAUGGAAAAGGAAAAGAUCGAACACAAUUGGAUUAUCCUGCCGGAGUACUGAUCGAUCAACUAGGUACAAUUUACGUAGCCGACUAUUGGAACCACCGAGUAAUGCGCUGGCGCAAAGACAAACAACCCGAUAUUAUCGCUGGCGAUUGUUUUCUUCCAGGAAAUAGUGCACAGCAACUAACCUGUCCUGAAGGUUUGGCAUUCGAUCAUGAAGGCAACCUUUAUGUUGCUGAUUCAAACAAUCAUCGUAUUCAACGAUUUAAAAUUCGAAAACUUUAA